AUGACUAUGGACCGGUCAUUCGACUUUGAGAUAUACCGACUGGACAACAAAAUCAGGCUUGCGCGUGUCCUGGGUCACAUUGACCGCCUAGCUGAUCUGCUCCGCGGUAAAGGAGGCUGCUCCGCCUUCCAAAUCUCCGUCGAGCUCGGCCGGUGCUUGGUCGCCGCUUUUGCCUUCAGCCUCAAUGACUCUUCUCCCACUGUUGACGUAGCCACGAGCUUCGUCAUCCGCUGCCAUGCUCUACUUCUCGGUUAUGAAACAGACGAUAAGAGCAUGCCACCAGACAAGCAUUGUUGGGCUUUCUUCUUCUACUUGGUCACCAAAGAGCUUGGUGCCCAUCCGAACAAAGCCGUUGCUUGCGAACACAGCACACUCAUGGUGGCCAAGACGAUUCACUUCGGUCACCAUGUGCCCAUGGCCAUCACCAACAAGGCUGCCUUCGAACAGCUCUGCGAAGACUUUGCAAAUGCUCAGCUCGAGGCCCUUGUGCAGCGCGCUCACCACGAACCAGCCCUGCUGUCGUACUCCAUCUUCGGCUCUCUUCGCUCAGUCAUCUUCAAACCGACAGCGGAUUCCGCUGGUAGCGUCUUCCACGUGGCUAAAUUCUUGGGCCAAAGUCUGCGCGAGCACAACGUCCUUGUAUGUCCCGACAAUAUCAGUAGGACCUUCACCAAGGUCCUGGCAUCUUGCGCCCUUUGGAGCGGGUCCCACGUAGGCGGUAGCUUUGCGGCCGAGUUCAUGCAACGAUUCCUCGUCUAUUCUUCUAUCGACCAGCUGCAAGAGGAGGGCGAGGCCAUUGCUGUUGAGCGCGUGCUGGAUGCAGUGCUCAGGAAUGCCGACCCGGUUGGUAGAAUCACGAGAGAAACAUUGGAAGCUAUCGUCGUCCGGGAGCCGCCCGGUCCGUGUCUGACGUGGGGAGCUCCGCCCUACAAUUUAACCCCUCCCUCGUGCCAACUGACACCAGCCGAGAUAAUCUGCUACUUUCCCAACAUCUUGUGCAUUCCGGAAAUCUGGAGGUGGAUGACGAACCAUGGAUGGACUCCGGUCAACAUCCCAAAGCUUCUGAACAGAACACGGGCGCUAGAUGGCAUCUGGAAGCUGAGUCACAGCACGUUCCGCAAUUGGCAGCGUAAUGCCAACGCUUGUUUCCGAGAUGAGAAGGAUCUGAUGUCCCCUCCGCCCACCUCAAAGAUCAACAUUUCGCCUUACGUCCACGCCUACUGCAACGCCCCGAAGCGUGGACGCCAUAAACGGACGGUAGAGAUGACCAUGUCGAGGCUUGUGCACGCGGUCAAGCGGCACCCGACGGGCGAUGAUGCCGGUUAUUUUACCGCGUUAGCCAAGUACGCAGCCGCCAGCGGAGAUCUUGGAGGCAAAAUUCUUGUGAGCCAAGUUCGCCACACAGAUGAUGUGCUGGUUCCAGAAGAGGAAGCUCUGCGACUGGCCUCCGGCGUUGGCAGCAUACCAGAGAAUAUGGGCGGCAACGCUACUCACGUGUAUGGGAAUAUCCAAGAAGAAAACGGUGAUUCUUCUCAAAUCGACGGCGUAUACGAAGAAGCUUGA